AUGCAAACAGGUCAGCCUACUUCUACGGCACAGACAGGCAGGCGACCGUCACAGACAAGUCUUAGGCAGCCACCUUUGUUACAACAAUCACAGCCAACGAGCCCAAAUAAAUCAAGUGGUAUUUUAUCUGGACAAAGCUCUAUCUCAAAUUCUCAAUUUCAUACGAGAGCAGUUUUUAUGCCGGCCCAUACUGCUAUACCCGGUCGAGCCUCUUUGAUCACGCCUGUUCAACAAGCAAGAACUCAAACGACUUCCCCUAAUCAUAGCGUCCCGCAGGCUCUCCCACACGCUCAAAUGCCAACACAUAGUCCACUAACACCACAUAAUGCAGUACCACAGCCGAAUACUCCGCAGAAUGCUGGGUCGUCGGUCUCGCAUUCUUCAGCUCCACAACAAAACUCCUCCGUACCGAUGCAACCAAGUAGCUUACAACUUUCUUCGACACACCAAAAUGCAACUCACCAAAUGACCUCCUUAUCGGCAUCGCCAGCAGGAACAGCAAACUCUCAACAGGGAGUCUCUCAGCCUGUGUCACAUGGCAUGCAACAUUCGAUAACUUCACAGCCAACCCUACAGUCACAAUCAUCUCAAUCUAUGCAAUUAGCGCAAUCGCAAAACUCUGCAGGGCAAAACAUCCCGUCAACACUGCAAUCAAAUCAAUCACCUUCACUGCCAUCAUCAUCAACAGCAGCGAUAAUAUCAACAACUACGGCAAUGACGACUCAAAUGCCAUCAGCAACGCCACCAUUACCAACGCCCUCGCACACACCCAUACAAGCACCAUUGCCUCCGCCAACACAACGGCCACCACCAACGGUUUCCCCUCAUUCGUCAUCACAAACCGCUACAAUGAAUCGCAAUUUACCAGCACGUGCAUUAACAUCCCAAUCGUCUGCAGCAGCGGUUGCAGCCGCACAAGCCUUAGUCGGUGCAUCGCAACUAAUGGUAAACGAUAGAUAUGCUCACGUUAAACAAGAAAGUGGGGAUUACAGUUUUAUAGGCUAUUCCCAAUACAUAGAUACUGAAACAAUUGAUGCUUCAUCGGACGUUGGUGUUGGUACGAGCGCUAUGGGUGCCGCUGAUAGUCAAUAUGGCCGAUUUGUCAGAUUACAGGCAACAGAUCAUCAUCAUACGUCAGUUACGAUAGAAUAUCCUUCCCUCCGUCUUGAUAAUAGUGAAGAUGAAAACAGUUCUCAAACUGAGAUUGGAUUGAUGCCUCAUAAUCGCGGUAAUAAACUGAAGCGACAUGCCAAAAGAUUAAACACAGUUCGCAGUAAACUACGCGCACCAUAUGGUUAUCACGAUGAUUUGGAGUACAUACCUGUUCCAAGUGGGCGACGUCGUCCAAUAAUAUAUAAAAUACCUCGAAAUUUGGAUCGGAUGUUAGAAUACAGUGGGGAUGAGGAUGACAGUCCUUAUAAAGAUAUCAAAAUAGAUGUAGAAAUACUCGCGCCAAUUGAAAGACCUGAAGACGUUCUUAGACGACCGGCUCUAAAACGAGUAUUCAAGGAUCAGAAACUGGACAAAUUAGCCCAAUCGUUCAUGCAGAUGAUUGAAGAAGAAAAGAAUCGUAACAAAGUGCUGACGAGAUUGAUGGCCGCCUUGCAGGGUGAUGAUAUAAUGUAUCAGCAUCUAAACUUUAGAGUGAACCCACACACACAGAAACACAUGACACGAGAAUACAUAGCAGAACAAAGCGAAGGCGGCAGUGGAUUUGGUGUAUCCAAUAUUGGUUUGCAGCUUGGUGAUAAUAAGGGUAAAAGAGUUGUUGAAUCAAGAGACGAAGGAUUAGAAACAUUGCGAAAUGUCCGCGAGAAAUUGCUGGAUCAACUGAAAUAUAGCAAUGAAUAUUUACGUAAUAUAAUGCUUACAAGAGAUGGUUUGAUUCAUACUCAUAGACAGAAAAAUCUUCUUUACAAUAGGAUAAAGGAGCGUGUAGAGGCAAAGAGACGUGAUGCAUUACAAGCGCAUGGUAGCCAUAAUAUUUCUCACUCUACUUCUCGUGUUUGA